CCGCCCCGGGCCUGAGGAGCGGGGCUGGCGGGAAGAAGCCUACUAAAGCAGAUAUACCUGUCUGACUGUGAAGGUGCGGAUCAUGGAAGAACAAUCGUUAAACAACAGCAUCCUUGAUCGAUUUAUUAAUAGCCAUGAGCAGUCAUAUGACGAGUUUCUAAACUCGUUCACUUAUCUUCUGAAAGAGGAAGAGGGGAAGACACUUCACGGAUGUAAAAAUGCUUUAAGAAAAACGUUUUCUACUUCUGAGUUCUCGAACGGAGAUAAACAGGGUGGCUCACCUGGACGAAGCAAAGAAGUAUCAGUGCACCUCCCACCACAGAUGCCAAAUGAGAAUGAGACGGUCGUGAAUGAGAACUGGAAAGCUGGUGGCUCUGAUGGAAACGAUCUUGGUUUAUCUAAAAAGGCAAAGGUAAACAAGUACCUAGAUAUAGAUAGAGAUGAAGAGACAUGCAGUGCAGGGUCAUUAGUUCUUCCAGGACAGGUGGAACAGACAGUUACUUGCUGUAUACCUGCUUUUGAUAAGCCUGUUCAGCGGAAGUUCAGAACCUUGUCGGUGCCACAGCCAUUGGACAGCAAAACGCAAGAGUUACUAGGGGAUGAUGUUCAACCAUUCUCACUCGAUGAAGAAUUUGAUUAUGACAAUGUGGCAUUGACCCCAAAGUUCUCUGAAGCCGAGCUGAACGCCAUUAUAGAAUUGUCUGAAGAGAAGAAGAGAGGACAGAUGUCAAGUCCAGCAGGAGCUGAAGACUGAACCAGAUGCACCCUGAGUGACAUUGUGUGCAGUGCUAGUGAAAAACAUUUUACGGGGUAGAGCUAGCUUCUUGUUUUACCCUUACUUUGUGUUUUUAUCUGUGUGGGCAGUAAUUGAUGUCAGGAUUUUUUUACUUGUUCCACCAAGGUGCCUUGGAGCCUGAGGCUGCCUUUCUCUAUACCUCCUUCUAGUCCAAAUGAAAGCACAAAGCAGGGAGAUAGUGCUUGCUCAGAAUUGCUUGUUUAGUAGCCCUUCAGCCAGUGAAGAACUUUUACUAUCUUUUUGUAUUCUGUACACCGAUUUGUCUUGGCAUUCAGGUUGGCUAAGGAGGUCUCUUUUGGUACCUAAACCCCAUGGGAUUUUUGAAUAUAUCAGUGGCCUUUAAUAUUUUUAGGCCCCAGUGCUCAGCUUCUUUGCAGUUUUCCAGGUGGUACAAGGCAGUUGGAAAGAUGUCUCUAACAACAGCUAUGAAUUCUCUUUUGUAAAAAAGAAAAAAAAUCCUUUACCGGAGUGAAGCCCACGUUGCCUCAGUCUAGGCAUGCUGGAAUAAUUGCUCCAUAGGACCAAAACAAGCUGGUGUGAUUCAGAAUAGCAGUAUCUGGCUUGUAUUUGGUACUGACUAGUCCAGAGCUAGUCCUAAAGCUGCCUUUGCCUAUUCUUUCAGUAGUGCAAGCAACAGCUUUUUGCAGCUGACAUAUCAGUCUAUAGGCUUUUUCCCUGUCAUUAUAAGAUUUAAAGAUACAGAGUUAUAACAGGGAAUAAAUCUGGAGAUGUUAUUUUCCUCUAUUCUGAGUUACUUUAGUUCUGCAGAGAAAUAAAUAUUCCUGUUUCCAAUAAACUUUUUUGAACAAGUUGAUCAAAAUUGUUGUUGUAUAACUACUGACAAUUAAACAUGUACUGCUACAAAAACCCUUCCAGACAGAGAAAAUAUAGUGAUCGAAUCCAUUAAAAAAAUUGGCAUUGAAAGGCUGUCAGAUUUAACUUUUUUUUUUUUUUUUUUCAGUAGAUGAUUCCAGAUACUAGUUUAUGGCUUAUACUCUGCAUCACUGAAAUACCGUAAACUUUGGAGCUUAGUAGAGUACACACAGUAUGAGUGGGAGAGAAGAAUGUGCAUCUCUGGCACAAGAUAGUAUGAACUUGUGCCACAAAAUGUUUAGAAUUUAUUUUUUUAGCUUACUGUAGAAGCUUUGCUCAUGUGGCUUGUUUUAACAUCACAAUUCUGGAUUGUAUGACUGGUCUUUCUGGUCCAUUAGCUAAAGUUGAUUGACCAACGUCUUGCCCUUGGCUUAUCUCCAUUAUUUCUGAAGUGGGUAAUUAAAGUGAUGAAUAUGGGAACAGUGCCUAAGCAGCGAGUAGGGACCGAACCACAAGUUGUUUAAAGACUCUGGAUGAAAUCCCUGCAGUUGAUUGGCUGCUCCAUUGUCAGAAAUGUAAGAAAACAAAGUGUUUUGAUGUUGCAACGGAAUUUUUUUUGAUCAGUAACUUUCUAGACUGUAACUUUGCACCACUGAAAUCUGAAUAGCAUUUGUUUUGAGGAAUGGUAUUUACCUCAAUUAGAGGGAUGUACCUUAAGGGGUAGAUUAACAACAACAACAAAAGUAAGCUCAGGUAAGAUGGUAAGAAGAGUGCUGUAAAACUAGAAAUAUAUUGUACAGAAGAACUGAUCUGUACAGGACCUUAUUGUAGAAGGUAAUGAGAAAUAUCUUAACAUCCACACUCAAAAUGAUACCUGUACUGUAGUUAAAACAGAUUGUGAUGCAAUUGAUUGUGCAGUAGAUUUUGCAGCUGUUUGGGAAACUUUUUUUUUUUUUUUUUUUUUUUUUAAUUGGACAGACUUAAAUUCAAUGAAGCAUUUUGUUGAACCCAAGAUAUUUUGAAUGAAGUGCUUGAGCUCUGACCGCCUGGAAUUUUCCGAUGAAACAUUCGGAUAAAAAAUGCUGAGCAGGUCUGUUUUUUUAAAUAACCUUAUUCUUGAAGAUGUAGAUGAUGUGUAUAAAUGGGAGGGAUAAGAAAGAAGUUCUUCUAGAGCUCCAUGAGGAAGAAAUAGAAAACUGCUGUACAAAGAUACAAGGUCAGCCUUUAAAGGCAUCAACAGAGAAACAAGGAAUGCAACCUCUUAACAUAUGUGUGUAUAGCAAAGGUACAGCAAAGGAACCUUUAGUCUAAGACCUCUGUGUAUAAUUUGCUAUUCUGAAAACAAAGAAUCAACCAUAAAUAAAGAUGGGCUUUUGUGGGUUUGUGAAAUGAUUUAAUGAAGAUAAUGAAUUUGGCACUCCUUCUUUAUAUUCUUUUAGAAAGGUAUGAGGCACAAAAGCUGUAGAUCAGUCCUGCCUGCUGGAGUCCUGUUGCCAGUAUAGUCAAUGAGAACUUGUCCAGGGGUUCAUAAUGAUCUUCAGGCCAAAUCAGCUCUGGAAACUCUUAAGUGCAUUUUCUAUUCAUUUCAUUAACGAUUUUUCUCUGUGCAUUAGGGAUACAUCUCCAGCCAUUCACUUCCUUCUCUCACAGGCAGAUGAUUCGCUUACCAAAUGUUCAGAGUACCUAUUAUGCUCCAUAAGUGUCAUUCAGUAUAGUCAUUAUAUGGUUCCGUUUGAUAUAAAGAAACACUUUCCUGCAGAAUACCCAACAAAAUUGGAACUCUUUAGUGACAUUUAUCUUAUGCAGAGAAAUGGGAAUAAUUCACGUACAUUUACACUACUCAUGAGUUAGAUCUUUGCUCUAUAUUAAGAGAGAUGAAUAUCACAGUGGAGAUUAGCCAAUGCCGGCUACAUUUUCUGAGCAUGACGUUCUGUUGGCCUGCCCUUGGGCUUGUUUUUGGCUUGUACCUUUUAUUUGAUUAUACUUCUGAGAGAAGGCAUAUUUUCCUCUUUUCUGUUACCAGUCAUUUUUAAGAACAUAUAUUAUGUGCAUGUUAAAUUUUAUCCAUGUACAUGGAACUAGUUAGCUGGAUUUGUGUUUCUGUUUCUGAGGUGAUGUGGAGUCUGAAUAAUAUUAAAGAGGAAAAAAAA